AUGAACGCCGAUGACGCCCGUGAAAUGCUCGCCGGCUCGCUGGGUGGGGCGAGUGCGACUGUGAUCGAAUACCCAAUGGACACCAUCAAGGUGCGCUUGCAGGACGAUGGAAAGCGCUACGGCGGCAUCCUGCAGUGCAUUCGCACCAUCGCGAAGGAGGAGGGAGCCGUGAACGGCCUCUUCCGCGGUCUGCCUGCUCCAGUGAUUGGUGCGGCGUGCGAGAACGCCAUUUUGUUCGUGUCCUACCGCCUGGCGAUUGACGAGUUUCAGAAAGUCACCUAUGGCCACUGUGAUCCGCCCAACCAGGAGCCGUACCUGGCGGUGUCGGUGGCGGGCGCCGCUGGUGGCGUUGUCGUUUCGCAGGUGCUUACCCCGGCGGAGCUCAUCAAGUGCAAAAUGCAAAUCCAGAAUACGCUUCCGGUAGACGAACGCAUCUACAAAAAUUCUCUCGACUGCGCCGCUGUCACGUACCGGCGCCGCGGCAUCUGCGGCCUGUUCCGUGGGCACACGGCGAUGAUGGUGCGCGAGGCCGUCGGCUGCGCGUUUUACUUUUUAGCCUUCCAGUAUGUUAUCCGCCUGUUCCUGUCAGAGGGGCAGAGGUUCCAUGAGGCGCCACCGUGGGUGCACUUCCUCGGUGGCGGGUGCGCUGGUGUCGCGUUCUGGACCUCUACGUACCCCGUCGAUGCCGUGAAGACGAAGCAGCAGACAAUGAAAGCUGACUAUCUGAAGCUGAAUUUUCGUCAGGCGUGCGCGCGGCUGUACAAGACGGAGGGCAUGCGCGGUCUUUUCCGUGGCUACAGCAUCACGGCAGUGCGGGCCUUUCCGGGCAAUGCUGUCCUGAUUGCUGUCUAUGAGCAGGUGAAUGCCCUCUGGGAGUAUUCGUUUAAGGCCUCCGGCAAGAAGCUGAUGUAG